AUGGCCGAUUCGAUCGUCUCCACCGCCGUCUCCUCUCCUGCUACGGGUACGGAGCACGUCGGCUAUGGCAUCAGGCCCUCCGACAUGGAUUCGCAUGUGGCGUCUCUUUGGCCUACAGCAAUCAGCAUCGACGACGGUUACGACUACAUUAUUCAGCAGCGGCGGGCCCGUAGGGAUCCCGACGGCGCAACCUUCUUCUACGGCCUUCCCACAGUCCAAGAACGGGCGGCGGAGCGGGAGGCACGUAGACUCAUGUACUCCGUCGACGUCGCCACGCUCUUGGGGCACGCCCCGGGGCCUCGCCGCAACAGGCGUUCUCCGGACGGGGUGCGGGAGCACUUCGACGAGCACGGGAGUGUUACCAGCAUAGACUACGGCGACGACCCGUACGGCGGCGGCCGUUUCGGCGCCGUCCCGGCCUCGGAAGCGGAGAUCGCGAGGCUGCCCAAGGCGACGGCGGGCGAGGUGAGGGACAAGGACUGCCCGGUGUGCAUGGAGAGGUUCCAGGAGGGCGAGGAGAUGAGGAAGAUGACCUGCCCCGGCUCCCACUACUUCCACGAGGGCUGCAUCCUCAAGUGGCUCAGGGUCAGCCGCCUCUGCCCGAUGUGCCGCUUCGCGCUGCCGGCCGAGCAUGAGUAG